AUGCUGUCAGCACCGACCCCGUCCGACAUCACCACAGCCUGCAGCACUGCACGCUGUGAGCACCGUCCGUGUCCGACGACACCACAUUCCGCUGCACUCCACUCUGUCAUCACCGUCCGCUUCCGACGUCACCACAGCCGCCUGGACUCCACGCUGUCAGCACCGUCCGUGUCCGACGUCACCACAGCCCGCUGCAAUCCACGCUGUCAGCACAGUCCGUGUCCGAUUUCACCACAGCCCGUUGCACUCCACGCUGUCAGCACCGUCCACGUCCGACGUCAACACAGACCGCUUUACUCCACGCUGUCAGGACCGUCCGCGUCCGACGUCACCAGGGCCAGCAGCACUCCACGCUGUGAGCACCGCCAGUGUCCAACGUCACCACAGCCCGCUGCACCCCACGCUGUCAGCACCGUCCGCUUCCGACGUCACCACAGCCCGCUGGACUCCAAUCUGUCACCAACGUCCGCUUCCGACGUCAACACAGCGCACUGGACUCCACGCUGUCAGCACCGUCCACGUCCGACGUCACCACAGACCGCUGCACUCCACGCUGUCAGCGCCGUCCGUAUCCGACGUCACCACAGCCCUCUGGACUCCAGGCUGUCAGCACCGUCCUCGUUUGACGUCACCACAGCCCGCUGCACUCCACGCUGUGAGCACCGUACGAGUCCAACGUCACAACAGCCCGUUGGACUCCAUGCUGUGUCACCAUCCGUGUCCGAUGUCACCACAGCCCGCUGCACUCCACGCUGUCAGCACCGUACAGGUCUCACAUCACCACAGCCCGCUGCACUACACGCUGUCAGCACCGUCUGCGUCCGACGUCACCACAGCCCGCUGGACUCAACGCUGUCAGCACCGCCCGGGUCUGACUUCACCACAGCCCGCUGCACUCCACGCUGUCAGCACCGUCCGCGUCCGACGUCACCACAGCCCGCUGGACUCCACGCUGUCAGCACCGUCCGCGUCCGAUGUCUUCACAGCCCACAGGACUCCACACUGUCAGCACCGUCCGCGUCCGAUGUCACCACAGCCAGCUGCACUCCAUGCUGCCAUCACCGUCCGCGUCCAACUUCACCACAGCCCGCUGCACUCCACGCUGUGAGCACCGCCCGCGUCCGACGUCACCACAGCCCGCCGCACCACACGUUGUCAGCACCGUCUGUGUCCGACGCCACCACAGCCCGCUGCAUUCCACGCUGUCAGCACCAUCCGUAUCCGACGUCACCACAGCCUGCUACACUCCACGCUGUCAGUGCCGGCUGUGUCCGGCGUCACCCCCGCCUGCUGCAAUCCUCGCUGUGA